AGUGAACUGAUAAAGAAAUAGUGUAUAGGAAAUUUUGUGUUAGGAGUGAACUGUAGCCGUUAUAUUAAUGUAGAUUGGUGGAAAAGAUAACCCAAAAUGUCUUACAUGAUGUCAAUGUGCGACGUGAUGCCCACAAUCUCUGAGGACAAUGUGAGUCAGCGCAACUCAUCGUUUGGUGGGGAAGACCCAAACUUUGAGGAAUUGAUGGUCUCCAUGCUAGGGGAGCGCCAGAAGCUAAUGGAAACAAAUCGUGAUAUUCAAGAACGACUCCAUGAAACAGAAACACGAUUACAUGAAGUGGAAGAGGAGAGAAACAAUUUACAAAAACAGAUAGAUGCCAACCUUCCUCAGGAAUUCACGUCGUUGACGAAGGACCUGAACCAGGCGCGGCAAGAGGCGUCGGCGCUCACCAAAGAACUGAACCAGGCCAGGGACCAAAUACUGGAGAAGGAAGAGGAGAUUGCCGAACUGAAAGCGGAGAGAAACAACACCAGGCUGUUGCUGGAACACCUGGAAUGUCUGGUGGCGCGGCAUGAGAAGUCGCUCAAGAUGACCGUGGUGAAGCGCCAGGCGGCCGCCCAGCAGGGCGUCUCCUCCGAGGCCGAGGUGCUCAAGGCGCUCAAGAGCCUGUUCGAGCACCACAAGGCGCUGGACGAGCGCGUCCGGGACCGGCUGCGAGUCGCGCUCGAGAAGAACAACGCGCUGGAGGAGGAGCUCAAUAACACCAAGGACGAGCUGAACUGGGUGAAGCUGGGCAAGCUGGAGGCCAAGCCGGCGCCGGCGGCUCCGGACGCCGGCGGCGACGCCGAGUCGGAGGCGCCGUCCAACGGGCACCCGGCCGGCGCCGGCGGCUCGCUCACCAACGGCGGCAUCGAGGCGGUGGCCGAGGAGGCGGCCGCCGAGCUGCGCAAGAUCAUCGAGAUCCAGACCACCGAGAUCACCGCCUCCCAGCGGCGCGUCUUGGAACUACAGACGCGCGUCGCCGAGCUAGAGGACGCACUGGCGCGCUGCCAGAAGGACCUGGCUAAGGAGCGCGACGUCACCAGCAAGCUGCAGCGGGACCUGAAGGAGAACAACGCCCAGAAGCUGGACCAGGAGGAGCGAAUCGCCACGCUGGAGCAGCGGUACCUGAACGCUCAGCGUGAGUCGACGGCGCUACGCGACAACGGCGAGAAGCUCGAGGAGGAGCUCAAGAACAAGGAGGCGCAGCUCAAGCUGCAGAACGAGAAGAUCCUGGCUAUCCAGGAGAAGCUGGAGCUGACGGAGCAGAAGCUGGCGCAGUACUCGAAGCUGCCGGACGUGGAGGAGGAGCUGCGCCGGAGGAUGGCAGCCCUGACGCAGGCGCAGGAGCGUCACGGCUCGGCCGAGGACCGGAUCGGCCGGCUCGAGUCCCAGCUGGAGGAGAAGGGCAGCGAGGUGAUCCGCAUGGCGCAGCGGCUCAAGAUGAACGAGGAGCACAACGCCCGCCUCUCGGCCACCGUCGACAAACUGCUCUCCGAGUCUAACGAGCGGCUCCAGCUGCACCUGAAGGAGCGCAUGACGGCGCUCGAGGAGAAGAACUCGCUGACCCAGGAGCUGGACCACACCCGCAAGGUGCUGGAGGACAUGCAGCUGGAGAAGGGCGGACUCCUGCAGGAGAUGUCCAAGCUGCACCUGGACAUGGAGGCGAUGAAGCAGCAGAUGCUCACCCAGGAGAUCGCCUACAACAUCCAGCAGACGGAAGCGCUGACCAGGAAUCUGUCGCCGAGCGGCGGCGGCGCGGCCGGCGAGCCGGCCGGCUUUGUGCGCUCGUCGAGCCGCGGCAGCUUCGACGCGCGCUCGCUGCCGCGCCGGCCGGGCUCGCGGCUGGCGGCCGCGGCGGCCGGCGCCGCCGACAAGCUCGACGGCGAGUGGGAGGGCGCUGCCGCCGCCGCCGCCGCCGGCUACGACGAGGACGAGGUGGAGGACGCCGAGAGCAUCUUCUCGACGCUGUCGCCCACCGGCCACACAGAUGCGCAGACGCUGGCCAUCAUGCUGCAGGACCAGCUGGACGCCAUCAACAACGAGAUCAGGAUGAUCCAGGAGGAGAAGCAGAACACGGAGCUGCGUGCCGAGGAGCUGGAGUCGCGCGUCGGCAGCGUGGAUCACUUGAACCUGCUGUCGCGCUCGGGCCGCCUCUCGCCGCCGCUUUCGGGCCGGUCCACGCCCAAGUCGGCGCUGUCGCCGCAGCGCGCCGAGGCGCUCAUGAAGUACCACACGGCCCCUGCCGGGAUGUCCCCCGCCAUGCUGUACGGGCCGCACGGGCUGGAAGGACAGCGGUCGACUCCGAAGACGGUGGCCGACGGCAGCCCGCCAGCCAUGCGCUGUCAACGCUUCCAGGCGUACAACCCGGACGACAACCUGAGCCGCUCGCUGCCGCACAACGCCACUAUGCGGGACCCCUCGACGAUCCCGGGCCGCGGCCUGAGCGCCCUCCACCCGGAGCACGCGCAGUUCAUCAGGCAAUCAUUCGGCGACAGCUCGCACUCGACGCCGUCGUCCGUGUCGUCGACCAACAGCAGCCAGGACUCGCUGCACAAGCACGCGGCCGUCAAGAAGCGCGGCUUCAAGUCUUCGCUCGGCCGCUUCUUCAGCAAAAAGGAGAAGCGGGCGUUUGACCUGCACCAGAGUCAGGCGGCGGCGGCGGCGGCCGCUGCCAUGGGCCGGCCAGUGGACCUCUACUCGCCCGACACCACCGACGGCGGUCUCGACUCGCCCGGCGUCACCGUCUCCACGCCCAAAGCCGACUUCGACAGACGCACCAAGAAAAAGCACGAGCUGCUGGCCGAGGCGAUGAAGGCCGGCACGCCGUUCGCGCUGUGGAACGGCCCGACGGUGGUGGCCUGGCUGGAGCUGUGGGUCGGCAUGCCGGCCUGGUACGUGGCCGCCUGCCGCGCCAACGUCAAGUCGGGCGCCAUCAUGUCGGCGCUGAGCGACACCGAGAUCCAGCGCGAGAUCGGCAUCAGCAACCCGCUGCACCGGCUCAAGCUGCGGCUGGCCAUCCGCGAGAUGGUCAACCUCACCUCGCCGUCGGCGCCCAACAGCUCGCGGCUCAUGCACAACUUCGCCGAGAUGAACCACGAGUGGAUCGGCAACGAGUGGUUGCCGUCGCUCGGCCUGCCCCAGUACCGCACCUCGUUCAUGGAGUGUCUAGUGGACGCGCGCAUGCUGGAGCACCUGCUGCACCUGAACAAGAAGGACCUGCGCGGCUACCUGAAGCUGGUCGACGCCUCGCACAGGAACAGCCUGCACUUCGGCAUCCAGUGCCUGAAGCGGGUCGACUAUGACCGCAACGAGUUGGAGCGGCGGCGACGCGCGUGCGAGACGGAGCUGGCCGAUGUCUUCGUCUGGACGAACGAGCGCGUCAUCCAGUGGGUGACCAGCAUUGGCCUCAAGGAGUACACCUCCCAGCUGACCGAGUCGGGCGUACACGGCGCGCUCAUCGCGCUCGACGACAAUUUCGAUUACAACUCGCUCGCUCUGGCGCUGCAGCUGCCUACAGCCAACCAGCAGGCGCACCAGGUGCUGCGGCAGGAGUUCAAUCGCCUGCUGGUGUCGGGCACCCAUCGGCAGGUGGACGAGUCCAAGUCGUGAACAGACCGCCCCCUAGCGGACGAGUCCACGCUGGGCGCCGGCCGCUAGUGACGGUCGGCCCCACUGGGGGGCGGGCGGUCCGAGGCGCAGUUACCAGGGGCCGGCGCCGCGGCCGCGGCCCGACUGGGCGGA